AUGGCCGAGGACAAGUCAAAGCCUAAAGGUGCGAUGAAUGCUUAUGCACUGUUUUUACAAUCUAUGCAUGCUGAUCAUAAGAAAAAACAUCCUAAUGUUAGUUUGGAUUUCAAGACAUUUUCAAAAGAGUGCUCCGAACAAUGGAAGACUCUGUCAGCUAAGGAGAAGAAAAAGUUCAAAGAUUUGGCUGAUAAGGACAAAGAACGUUACAAAAGUGAAAUGGAGCACUAUGAGCCCCCGGCAGAUGAAGGCCGUGGCAAGAAGAGGAAGAAAGAUCCAAAUGCACCAAAGAAAGCAUUGUCCGCAUUCUUCCUUUUCUGCCAAGAUGAAAGACCUAAGGUGAAAUCUGAGAAUCCUGACUGGAAAGUGGGUGACAUUGCCAAAGAAUUAGGAAAAAGAUGGGAGAAUUGUAAAAACAAAGCUAAAUACGAAAGUUUGGCGCAGGUGGAAAAACAGCGUUAUGAUAAGGCGAUGCAGAAAUACAAGGCUGGCAAAAAGCCCAAAACAGAAGAUGACGAAUAA